CACUGCCGGGGCCGCAUCCCCGGCGUGUGAGCAUGCCGCGGCGGGAGGAGGGCUUCCUCGGCCGGGCCGGGGGAGGUUCAGACCGAAGUUAGGGCCGGGGAGAGAGGAAGAGGGAUCGCUGCCGGAAGCGGCGGAGCGGCGGCGCUGGGAGCCCGCGGUGCCCCGCGGGCAGCAUGUAGCUGGGUGACAGCGACAGGAGCGCGCCGCCGCCGAGGGCCGCCGGCUUCGCCCGCUGAGGGGGCCGGGGCAGCGGGUCGGGAGCCUCGCCGGGGAGGCGGAGGCAGCCGCGGCUCGCCUCGCCUCGCCUCACCUCUCCCCCGCUUAUCCCUCUGCCCUUGGUGCCGUCUCCCGGCGCGGCACUCCCUCAGCCGCCCGCCCCGCCGCCGCCGGCCGGGGGGCCGCGGCCGCUGCCGCUGCCAUGGGGCUGCCCACGCUGGAGUUCAGCGACUCCUACUUGGACAGCCCGGAUUUCAGGGAGCGCCUGAAGUGUCACGAGAUCGAGCUGGAGAGGACGAACAAGUUCAUCAAGGAGCUGAUCAAGGACGGCAGCCUCCUCAUCGGGGCCCUGCGGAAUUUAUCUAUGGCAGUGCAAAAAUUUUCACAGUCUUUGCAAGAUUUCCAGUUUGAGUGUAUUGGAGAUGCUGAAACUGAUGAUGAAAUUAAUAUUGCCCAAUCACUGAAAGAGUUUGCUCGGCUUCUGAUUGCUGUUGAAGAGGAAAGGAGACGACUGAUCCAGAAUGCUAAUGAUGUGCUAAUAGCACCGCUGGAGAAGUUUCGUAAAGAGCAAAUAGGAGCAGCAAAAGAUGGGAAGAAGAAGUUUGACAAAGAAAGUGAAAAAUAUUAUUCCAUCCUAGAGAAGCACUUAAAUUUAUCAGCAAAGAAGAAAGAAUCUCAUUUGCAAGAUGCAGAUACACAGAUUGACAGAGAACAUCAAAACUUUUAUGAAGCAUCAUUAGAAUAUGUUUUUAAAAUUCAAGAAGUACAAGAGAAAAAGAAAUUUGAAUUUGUAGAACCUCUUUUGGCCUUUCUUCAAGGAUUAUUUACAUUUUACCAUGAAGGAUAUGAACUGGCUCAGGAGUUUGCACCAUACAAGCAGCAGCUGCAGUUCAAUUUGCAGAACACCCGGAAUAACUUUGAAAGCACUAGGCAGGAAGUGGAGAGACUCAUGCAGAGAAUGAAAUCAGCCAACCAGGAUUACAGACCACCAAGUCAAUGGACAAUGGAAGGCUAUCUCUAUGUGCAGGAGAAACGACCUCUUGGAUUUACAUGGGUAAAACAUUACUGCACUUACGAUAAAGGAACAAAAACGUUCACUAUGAGUAUAGCUGAAACAAAAUCUGGUGGAAAAGUGAAUGGCCUUGUCACAAGCGCACCAGAAAUAUUCAAGCUAAAAUCUUGCAUCAGGAGAAAGACAGAUUCAAUUGACAAACGUUUCUGUUUCGAUAUUGAAGUAUUUGAGAGACCUGGAAUCAUCACGCUGCAAGCCUUUUCGGAAUCCAACCGAAAACUUUGGCUCGAAGCUAUGGAUGGAAAGGAACCAAUCUACACACUGCCAGCCAUUAUUAGCAAGAAGGAAGAAAUGUUCUUAAAUGAAGCAGGUUUCAACUUUGUGAGGAAAUGUAUUCAUGCUGUGGAAACAAGAGGUAUUACAAUCCUGGGGCUGUACAGAAUAGGUGGGGUAAACUCCAAGGUGCAAAAGCUGAUGAAUACCAUAUUUUCCCCUAAAUCUCCUCCUGAUAUGGAUAUUGAUAUGGAACUUUGGGACAAUAAAACAAUAACAAGCGGACUAAAAAACUACCUCAGGUGUCUUUCAGAACCACUGAUGACUUUCAAGCUGCACAAAGAUUUCAUUGUUGCUGUUAAAUCAGAUGAUCAGAACUACAGAGUUGAGGCAGUGCAUGCGCUUGUGCAUAAAUUACCAGAGAAGAACAGAGAGAUGCUGGACAUCCUUAUUAAGCACCUGGUCAAGGUAUCAUUACACAGUCAGCAAAAUCUAAUGACUGUAUCCAACCUUGGUGUUAUCUUUGGACCAACUCUGAUGAGAGCCCAAGAAGAAACCGUGGCUGCUAUGAUGAACAUUAAGUUUCAGAAUAUCGUCGUUGAAAUUCUGAUAGAGCAUUAUGAAAAGAUAUUUCACACUGCACCAGAUCCCAAUAUUCCUCUUCCCCAACCUCAGUCCCGAUCAGGUUCAAGAAGAACACGAGCAAUUUGUCUCUCCACAGGUUCACGUAAACCCAAAGGAAGAUAUACACCAUGUCUAGCAGAUCCUGACAGUGACUCGUACAGCAGUAGCCCAGACAGCACUCCCAUGGGCAGCAUUGAAUCUCUCUCUUCUCACUCCUCCGAGCAGAACAGCACCACCAAGUGCGCGCCCUCGCAGCCCAGGGAGAAGUCAGGAGGGAUUCCAUGGAUUGCCUCUCCGCCUUCUUCUAAUGGCCAGAAGAGUUCAGGUCUCUGGACUACAAGUCCAGAAUCCUCAUCAAAGGAGGAUGCAACCAAAACAGAUGUCGAGUCAGACUGCCAAAGUGUAGCUUCUGUCACUGGACCAGAGAACGCCUCUCCACCAACAGACCUGACCAAAAAGAGUUCUUACAGUCUGUCUGGGCUGAAAAGGUCUUCAGCAUCUUCCCUUAGAUCAAUUCCAUCAGCUGAAGGUAACAAAAGCUGCAGUGGAUCUAUACAGAGCUUAUCUUCAACAGAUACCAAAGAUACACCAAAGCCUCCACCAAACCCUGAUUUGCCUCCCAAAAUGUGCAGGAGAUUAAGAUUAGAUACUGCAUCAAGUAAUGGCUAUCAAAGACCAGGAUCUGUAGUGGCCGCAAGAGCCCAGUUGUUUGAAAGUGCUGGUUCACUUAAACAAGUUUCUUCAGGACGACAAGCAAAAGCCAUGUAUUCCUGUAAGGCUGAGCAUAGUCAUGAGCUGUCUUUCCCACAGGGGGCAAUAUUUUCCAAUGUGUAUCCAUCAGUGGAACCAGGCUGGUUAAAAGCAACUUAUGAAGGCAAAACAGGACUCGUUCCUGAGAAUUAUGUUGUCUUCCUCUAGCAAUCUUUAGUGGACAGCAAUAUCUUCAUGGUAUCCAUGGUAACAAAUAAUAAGCACUAUGAUUUUUAUCUGACACAGAUAUGGGAUCAGCCCGUUAGCUGAGUGGUAGAUUUCCUUCAGAUACUGCAGCUGCAGGUUACACAGCUCCCUAUCAACGGAACAGAAUGUAAUGAAACAGUUAACAGUUUCUGUACUGAAGACGGUACUCUGUUUAAAUAACUUCCAUUGUUUGCAAAAGGUUGUUCUGUUCUUCUUUUAUGGGUAAGGAACACUAGAGCAAUAAAAUAAAAAAAGUUGCCAUUUAGCUGCAGACCUUCAGGUUCUAGGAAGUGUGAAAUUUAGAGGCAAUGCGCUCUACGACAUUUCUUGCAAUCUGUAGUUUUUAAUAUGAAAAAUUGUAUUUUUUUUCAUAAUGUAAGUGCUUCUAUUGUGAUCUGAAUUCUCCCUUAGAAAACUUGAUUCUAAAAUUAGUCCUAAUCAUUUCAAAUAAGAAAUGAGUUUUCCAUAAAUCAGAAGUUUGAACUUCUGUUAUUCAUUGAGAUUACAAUAUGUUUUAGAAUGUAUACAACUGAUAAUGAAAUCAGUUUAUACACUGCCUGAGCAGUAAGUGUUCAUUCAAAAUGUGAUAUGUUUAAUGAAUGUUUCAUUCAAAUGCUUCUUAGAUUUCCUUUCUAUAUCAUAGAUAAUAUUAACAACUUAUUAUUUUUAUGAUACCCGUCAUCGAGACAAUGUUCUCAGUGUAUUUCAGAGCAACAUCUGUAGAAAACAGGGAGAUGCUGAAUCUGGAGUGACUGGUAGUAAUGUGAAGUGAGCAGUGAAAAACAGCAGUAUGUUAUGAAACCUGAGAUAAAUUGUAACCAAGUCCUUUUCCAACUUUUUCCAUUGCCAAUAAGACAAAUGGCCUGUGAAGUAGCUAAUUUUAUAAGCUAUGAAUGCUGAAAGCUCCAUGUAGCAAUAAAAGUAUUUAGUAUUAUUUCUCCUGACUUCUGCUAAACUGUUUCAUAAAGAUUUCUCCCCUUCUACAGAAUAAAAACGGCUUACUUUUCGAAAGUUCGUAAAGACCCAUCGAUUGCUCCUGGUAGGACUGAAAAAAAGAAACAAACUCAAAAAAACCCUGAAACCGCAAGCAGCUUUCUAAAUCUUAGCAUCUUUCUUGCACACCUUGAGGGAAAACAUGCACUGCUUGCUUGGCUACUUACCAUGCCCCACUGCAAAACAAGAUAUUUAAGCUCUAUAUUAGUAAUUCAUCAGCAUUAGUGCUACAGAAGGAAUUCACCGUUUCAUAGACCUAUCAAGGCUUAGUUCUUUCUUCAGUAACAGAAAUCAAUAUAUGUAUUUUCUGUUGAUUUCUAAGUUGGAUACUGCUUCUAGAAAGUUUAAGGAAGGAAUUCUGUUAGGAUGAAAAACAUCAGUAAUCUUUGAAUUGCUUCUUUUUUCUUUCCAUAGCCUUUUUCUUGUUUAAAUUAGAAAAUAAGAUUUAUUGCGAACAUGAAGAAGCACAUCAGAACCUUCUUUACUUGUACGCAUGCUUUCUGCAGAGCAAUUCUGUGUUGGAAUUCAGGCUGGUGGCAAAAUCCUUCUUGCUAAUUAAAGUACCGAAUGGUGAUCAGGGAAGGAGAGAGGGAAGGGGGAGUCUGGGUAAGGCUGACUGGAGGCAGUUGAAGACUGGCCCCUUGAAUUAGUGACUGGGAUCUGGGUUCUUUCUUCUCCCUAUACAAUUUCAUUUAAGUCCUAAAUAAUGUUACACUUCGCCUUAAGACCAGACUGUGCUCAGCACAUUGUGAUGAAGGGCUGUUCCAGACGUUGUCACAGGCAGUGGAUGCAGACACGUAUGUGCUCAUCUAAUUUGCCCAGUGCAGAUGGGAAAGGAAGUGAGGGUCUUUUCUCAUCAGAUUGGGCCUUUCUUAUUUUUAAGGCAAGCCAAGAUUUCUUAGUGUAAGCUACGUCUGAAACUGCCAUUGCCCUGAGAAGAUCAACAUGGUUUUCGUUGUGGUUCUGUUGUAUUUUGCAAUCCAAAAAUUGCAGAAUGUCAGAAAGCUUACCUCUGGUGACCUUCUCAGGAGUACUGCUGCAGGCAAAAAGGAGCAGAAAGGGAGGCAGGGCUUUGAGCAGAGGCUGGAAGCCCCGCACACAGAUCCUGCAGCUGCAGGUUACUGUGCAGUGAGCUGGGGAAAAAAACACUUCUUCCAUCUAUUGCACUGGGGUCAGUGGCAAAUGAACCUUUGCUGAACAUCCUUUAAUGACCUGUUAUACCUCUCACAGAAUCACAGAAUGGUAGAUGGUUGGAGGGGACCUCUGGAGAUCAUCUAGUCCAACCCCCCUGCCAGAGCAGGGUCACCCAGAGCAGGUUGCACAGGAACGCGUCCAGGUGGGUUUGGAAUGUCUCCAGAGACAGAGACUCCACCACCUCUCUGGGCAGCCUGUGCCAGGGCUCUGCCACCCUCAAAGUAAAGAAGUUCCUCCUCAUGUUUAGGUGGAACUUCCUAUGCUCAAGUUUGUGCCCAUUACCUCUUGUCCUGUCGCUGGGCACCACUGAAAAGAGCCUGGCCCCAUCCUCCUGACACCCACCCUUUCAGUAUUUAUAAGCAUUGAUAAGAUCCUUCCUUGGUCAUCUUUUUUCCAGACUGAAGAGACCCAAAUCCCUCAGCCUUUCUUCAUAGGAGAGAUGUUCCAGUCCCCUAAUCAUUCCUCUCAGGAGGAAUGUAAUUGUGAAAUUCUUGAGAAACAGUGAAAUAGAAAAUGCUUGCUCUUACUUUCUUUGCUUGAUUCAAAAAGAAGGGGGAAAAGCUGACCUUGGGUAGUAUUACAGCCUGUGUAUACGUCUGGGUAUUCUCCAAUAUUACCUUUUGAAACCUGCCGAUCUUAGUGCAAGCUAGAGGACUCCAAGGUGCUAAGUUCAUUAAAAAUUUUGUAAAAAUGCAAAGUUCAGUUGCAGAUUAAGUAAGCGAAGUCUGUAAGUGCUGAGGGAAAGGCUCUAGAAAGACCUGGAGGAAUCCCUGUGGAGGAGAGGUGUUCUGUCUGUUCCCAUGCCUUCAUCUCGCAUUAGACACAAAAAUGAAUUGCAGAAGACAACUUCAUAAGAAACUGGAUCCCAUUCUUUCUGCUGCUCUCAAAACAAAUUGGUAUUUUCCUCUGUAGGACUCUGCACUUCUUCAGACCCUUCUUCUGAACCAGCCAUGAGGAUCACAGAAAUAAUUUUAGAGUAGCUUGGCUUUAAAAUGGCAUUUCCAUCUGAAAAAGGUUAUGCCCAUUCUUAAUUACAGUAAACCACCCGCUCUCAAUGGGAUGAGUAGGGUUUUUCAUUUUUUGAAAUAUUUUAUGUUUUUUCUGUUCUCCUCCUCUGUGGUACGUAAUGAGCACUUUCUGUACAAUCUCACUGCUGGGUUGUGGAUGCCCCAGCUCUUCCCUGACUUUGCAGGGGGGAGUUUAUCUCUACGAGAAGCUGCACAAUGGACUGGCAAGUGAAGUAGGUGUUCAAAGACACCACAAAUGGGGGAGAGAGCAGCACCAAAGCUUGUCUAAUGAUGAUACUCUCAGGCCUGACCAAAAAUUCCGUCUGAUAAUUGGAAAGGAUCAGAAAUCCAUAUAACAUUUAAAUGAAGAUAUAAUAUCUUGAUAGUGCCUUUCCAGAAAAUCAGGCAAGCUGACUAAAUUAGUUCACAAUAUUGAUUUCCUGUUUUUUACGAAAGUCAGAUUCACUCUAUAAGCGAAGGUUGUGCAAUUUUUUUAAAUUAUGUAAGCCUUCCUAAAAGGAUGCAGCAGGUUUUUUCCAAAUAUCGCUGUAGAACACAAGGUAGAUGACACAUUGUAAUUGCUGUUUGUCUUGUGGAAAUAAUGUCUGAACCCACAAUUUAUGUAAUUACCCAUGUUUUUUCUUUGUUAAACUUUUUGAUACAUGUUGCAGCACAGCAUGAAUCAAAUUAAUAGUGUGAAGGACUGAUAUAUUGUAUGAUAAAUAUGUAAAGUAUAUUAAUAUUUUAUAUUCACACUUUUUAUUAAUGAUGAUAAAGAUGAAAAAAUAUUUUUGGUGUAAUUCCUAUGAGUUCAGUAUUAAAAUGUCCUUGCCAUUUUAUGGCAUUUAGAGUUCUAUGUAACAAAACUCUUAAAUUAAACCAUAGCUAUCACUCAUGUCCCUAACUAAUCUAUAAAGUCCACUGUUCAAUUAUUUCUGAAAAAAAAUGAUGCACAGAUUUGCUGACCAGCGCUAUUCUAUGAUAGUAAUAAUAACUUAUUUUCCUUUUAUAUGUUUUCUGGUGCUAAUCUCUAUUCUUUGUCUGUAAUUGGAUCGAAUUGUAAUGUGCCUUUAGGAAAGACAUGUUAGGAGAGGAAAAGUUGCAAAAUUCAGCAGUUCAGAACAAUAAUUACAACAAAGAAAAAGCAUUGUAUGGCAGUAGUUGGAUUUUUUCCUUACAUGUCUCCACUGGUCUAUUUUCUACUUAAUAAGAUUGCAUCAGAUGAAAUAAUGAAACUAAAAAGCGUAUUGCUCUUCAAAGUUCUUUUCCUAAGGCAGCAGUUUGUGCAAUGUUGGGUUGAGCAGCAAGAAGAGAAAUCCCAGUAGGGAAGCACAUCCUCCGGACUGGGGUGGAUCUUCGCCACUGAUGGAAACUCGCAAAGCUCUAGCGAAGUCAAAGACAGACCUUUGGCAAUUUAUAGUGAGGGUUUGCUGGGCAGAAGCCCCUAGAAAGUAAGCAGAGUAUUCUGGUGAUGGGGUAACAUAUGAUACGGCUUGGCAUUAUCCUUUCUUUCAGCAGAGUGCCCUGUAUGGAUUGUUCCAUUACCGGAGAUCAAGCUGUGGGCAAAGUUCAGUCUUGUUCCCUGUGGUCAGAGAGCACUGACAGCGGCUGCUGCCGCGGCCCUUCCAGUUACUGCUCCUGCAAAAGUCAGGCUGUUGGUGGGGCUGUUUCAGCACAAGUUGGGAGGUCUCUUGUCUUGGAGAAGAUCUGGCAUGUGCUGUGGGAGUUUGCUUUGUUUUGUUUUCAUAAGGUGCUUGGUAUCCAAACAGCUACUAAUCCGAUGUUGUAAUUCAGUCACUGAAGAUCAUAGCGUUGUUUUUCUUGUCCUGUAUGUGGCAGUAUUUAAUAAGGCAUUGGAUUAUCCUGGUGGUUUUUUUUUUUAAGUAUGGGGAAUGGUGCUUCAGCCGUUGGAUGUCUCAGCUGAAAGCUGUUCUGCAUCUGAGCUUUUUGCAAAUGUUUUAUCGGGAAUUAUCAUUAAAGUUCUGGCACUAAAGACAGCACCGUGAUCUCAGCACUACAAGAGUUUCUGUUAUAGCAAAGGGCAAAGCAGCUGAACAGGGCACAUGGAUAGUUUCAAUUUUCAAUCAUAUUUAUGACGAUUUUGGAGGUAUUAGAGUUUAUAGGGGUUACUUUAGAUACUAUAUGGUAUUUUCAUAGGAAGGUAUAUACAAUCAAUAACUAUAUAUAUUUAAUAAAGUCCUACUAAAUUAUCUUAUUGAACUCUCUGUUUAUUUUGUAGUGUGGUUUCAAUAAUUAUCUGCACUCUGUAUAUAUCUACAUGUAAAUAACUGGCAUGACAUGCAUAAGCUGACUUGCAGACAUAAUUCUAUGUUGUACUUUACACUGUAUUUCAAAAAUUUGAAAAAACGUUUUUCAAAAUAA